AUGUCGGUACUUAUUGUUCUGUGUCAGUCUCAGAACUUUACCAUCCACGUGGUGCACAGCCGGAUAAAUGUCCCCGAGGGGGCUGAUGCGUUCUUUUCCGUGCGGCCGUCGGCCGGGCUCAGCAGAGUGAUCUGGUUUGUUAAGGAUGAAAUAAUCGCCCACUGGAACAAUCAGAACGUGACUAAAGAAUUCACUUCUCGGGCUGAGUUAUUCGCCUCCAACGGGUCGCUUCUGCUGAAGUCGGUGAACAGCGCGGACAGUGGGGAUUACCGUGUGGAUAUGCUUCCAACCAGCGGCUCCGAGACCUCAGCGUUCGUCACUCUGCAUGUCCUCGAGCCAGUGAGUGGGGUUGCCGUGGUGACCAAUAAUUCCACUCCCCUAGAAAACCUCGACACCAUCGCACUGAGUUGUGACGCGUCGGGCUCUGUUCAGACACGGACAUGGUUCAAGGAUAACCAACCCAUCCAGGAAAAAGACAGAAUAUUUACAUCUUUCGGCAACUCGAAACUGACUGUAAUCACUGUGAACAGAAACGACGCAGGGACGUACAAGUGCAUCGCCAGCAACUCUUUCAGCGGAGGCGCUGGAGAGACAUACGUGCAAGUUUACUGCGGAUGCACAGGUAAAUAA